CGAUGAGCGUUGCAGUAUCGAUUCUGUAGACCUACGUUCCUUUCCCUGCCACAGCUACGGAUCGCGGGGUCUCUGCACGCCUCGUCUGACACUCCAGACAAAAUGUGUCGUAUCUGCGGGCGCAUGAUAAAAUGUAUAUUCGAUUCCAUGCCCUCGAGGGCACCGUCGAGCACUUCAGUCAGAACGUUUCGACAACCUCAGCAAACUCGCUCCCACCACGUCUCGUCCCGUAGCCUCCUCCAGAGCGCACUCGACAUCUCACCGAAACCGACGACCCAGCAGCCCGCGACGUUCCUCCUCCCCUUCCGCUCCCGUCGUGGCCUUCACCAGGCGGCGACCCAGCAAUCCGCCAGUCCGGCUCACGACUUCCACAACACUCAAGCCGAGAUCCCUCCGUCCAGCUAUCUCCAAACGGCCACGUCCGAGUCAUCCCCGACCUCUCACUCCGCAACGACAUCCAUCUCUGCGCCCUCGUCGACGACAAACUCCCUCAGUCGGCCCUUGGUUCUCUCGUCGUCGCUCCAGACUCUCCUCCCCCGUCUCGCGGACCAGAACCCGCACUACAUCAUCUCCCACAUCCAUCGAUUUCCAUACAUGCUCACGGAAGGCGACGUCCUCCGUCUUCCCUUCCACAUGCACGGGGUAUCUCCCGGCGACGUUCUCCGUUUCAACCGCGCGUCCAUCCUCGGAUCGCGCGACUACACGCUCAAGGCCGGUGCGAAGAACACAGAGUCCUACGACGCCAAGCGAACGGGAGAACCGCAAUACAUCGACGAGAGACUCUUCGAGUGCCGCGUGCGGGUGAUGGGACUGGAGACCAACCCCAUGAUGGACAAGGAGAAGAAGAAGCGAAGAAACAGGCAUCGCAAGGUCGUGCACAGUAAACACAAGUACACCGUGCUCAGGGUGAUGCAGAUCAAGGUCAAGAGCUUGGAAGAAUUGAAGUCGGAAAAGGGUAUGCUGGUUCUUGAGGGUGCAGAGGCACAGGAAAUUACCGCGUGAUUUCCAGGUCUCGACUGAGAAAGGCCAGGAGACUUGCUAUAUCCAAUUGUAUAAUGGUUUCAAAUAACUGUCCCAAGUCCUUUCAGUGUUGGUGGAAGACCAAGGUACAACAAUAUCGAUUCUGAGCAAAAUUGCUCACGUUCGGAGUCCUUGUCGUGUUUUUGACAUGCGCAAGACUUUUGUACAUCUGAUAUAUCCCGUACUUACAAAAUCGUCAUGUAUACAAAGAAAGUCAAGACAGUGUUGCACACACGGGUAAUCAAUUGUGUACUAUGUGAUAGC